CUACAAAUUAUCUCAAAGAUUCAACUAUGCUCUCAUUGGUACAUUCAACCGCCGACCAGCAUACAUUGUCGUGAAGAAUUUCUUACAGAGGCUGGGCUUCAAAGGAUCAUAUUCACUUGGAAAACUUUCUUCCAACCAGGUUCUCUUAAACUUUCAGUUAGAGGAAGAUUAUCAGAGAUUUUUUCUUAGACAAACAUGGUCUAUAGGUAGCCAUGUUAUGGUGGUUACCAAGUGGACUCCUGACUAUAUUGAAGGAGAAGACUGCCCUAUUGUUCCUGUCUGGGUUUCAUGCCCAAAGCUCCCCAUCUAUCUCCAUGAUCAAAGGGCUCUUUCCCUGAUUGGUUCAUCUAUAGGUAGGCCUCUUAAGGUGGAUGAGAACACUCUUAACUUCUCUCGCCCAGACUUGGCCAGAUUCUGUGUUGAAGUUGAUGUUUCCAAAGCUUUACCUUCCAAGGUCCACCUAAAAUUAGGGGAUAAAGACUCCUUUAUCUCUUUAAUUUAUGAGAAUGUUCCUCAUUAUUGCACUGAAUGCAAGAAGCUUGGUCAUCAUAAAGGAUCUUGCAAAAGAGAUGAACAAAGAAAAAUUGUGCAGGAAAAGGAAUCUAAUUCAGCCCCAAAGCUUCCAAAUCACUCUUACAAAGGAAAAGAACCAGCUAAGGAAGAAUGGACAAAAGUCACAGCAAGGAAUGGUGGGGUCAAUAAAGUCUGGAAAAGGAAAAUGGGCCCUUUCCAGUCAGGUCCUGGGGAAUGCUCAAACACUACACCUGUGGAACAAAAUAAACAGCUACAAGACAAGCUUCACACUGCAGGUACAGAUCCGGUCCCACUUCACCCUCAAAACACCAAGGAUAAGGACAGAGAGGGUAAAAAUCUUGCUCUUGUACUCUGGAAACCCUUACCAACAAUUGAAGAAUCAAUUUUUACCCCUCUUCAUUCAUUAGACAAUAAUGAUUCUGAUAGUGAUGAUUCGGAGUAUGAAGACCUGGGAGUGGUCAGUGACUUGCAUUGGAAAGAUGAAGCUCCUCUACAAACUGCAAAAGUAGAACAAAAAACCAUUGAUCAAUCUAUUAAAUCCAGGCUCAGUUCAGUCUAUGGGAUGCACAGUAGGGCAGAGAGAAUUCAUCUCUGGGAUUCUCUUAUGGAACACAAUCCUGAGGAACAGGCUUGGAUAGUUGGUGGGGACUUUAAUACUAUCGUUUCCCUCUCUGAACUCAAGGAAGCAGAAACUGAAGCUCUAAAGGCUCAGGAAAUCUUUGAGAGGGAAGACACUCCAGCCAAUAGGGAGGCCAGUAACCUAGCUAAUGCUAACUUAUUAAAAAUUUGUAAGCAGGAGGAGAGCUACUGGGCCCAAAAAUCAAACAUCAAAUGGCUUGCUGAAGGGGAUAUUUCUACAAAAUUCUUUCAUUCCUUUGUUAAAGGGAAAAGAAGAAAAGCCUCUAUUAGAUUCAUGAAAAACCAAGAAGGUAAGGAAAUGGUUGAUCAUGUUGAACUAUCCACUUAUAUAGCUAAACACUUUGAGAAUACUUUUACUGAGGAGCACAGUGGAAAUCUAGAUCCUAUUAUCCAACACAUUCCCACCCUUAUUACAGAACAUGAUAAUCAGGUCAUACUUCAGCUUCCCAUUGAGGAAGAGAUUAAAAGUGCAAUGUGGCAUCUUAAUCCCAAUAGUUCAGCAGGUCCAGAUGGAUUUAAUGGUGAAUUCUUUAGAUACUUUUGGGACACUAUCAAGAUGGACAUGGUCAGUGCUGUGCAGGAAUUCUUCUUAGGGAUACCACUGCCUAUGGCCUUUGGGAGCUCACUCAUCACUCUAAUUCCCAAGACUGAAGGGGCUAAAGAGAUUGGGGACUGUAGACCUAUAGCACUAUCUACUUUUUUCAGCAAGAUUAUAUCUAGAAUACUAUCAAGCAGAUUAGCUCCCCUUCUAGAUAAAAUCAUAUCCCCAGAGCAAGCGGGGUUUCUGAAAGGCAGAGUGCAAGACCUCCCUUUAUCUGUCAUCAACCUGAUCCAUUCUAAGUUAGCCAACUUCUUUUGGGGUUCUAAAUUUGGAAAGAACAAGCAUCAUUGGGCCAAGUGGGUUUCUCUUUGCAGACCUACAGGAGAAGGUGGUCUUGGAAUCAGAAGCUUAUUUGAUAUUCAAAGAGCUUCUGCCCUAAAGCUUUGGUGGAAGGCCAUCACUGGUGACACAAUUUGGGCACAGUUUGUGAAGAAUAAAUACUACAGGGACGGUCUUUUUGAAGCAAAGGUGUAUGACUCUGCAUCCUGGAAAAGAAUAUGUAGAAUUGCACCUCUGGGUUUUCAGCAUUCUAAUAUGCAAGAUAAUGAUAUCACAUGGGUAAAUGGGACCUUUACUUUCAAGGAAGCUUACUGGGCAGUUAGAGAAAGGGAUAUUAGCACUCAGUUUAACACUCUCUCCUGGAACAAAUUUCAAAUUCCUAAGGUGAAACUCUUCACUUGGAAAGCAGUCAACCAUUACCUUCCCUUUCCUAAGGUUCUUAACAAACUAUCAUUCAAUCUGCCUAGCAAAUGCAACUUCUGCAAUAAACAUGAGGCUACUGAUGAACACACACUACUGAGCUGUGAUUUUUCUGCAACAAUUUGGAAUGAUUUUGCUGAAUACUCUGGUGGCCCUAAAUGGAGAAGAGGAAGUUCUGAGCAAACGAGGGAUGCGAUGUGGGAUCGUAUCGAGGAGAAGUUCUUCACGGCGAUGAACAAGGACGGCUCCUACCGUACCCGGGACAAACUCACUUCCAAAUGGAGCCACAUCAACCGUAAAGUCCAAAAGUUUAUCGGAGUUUACGAGGAAUGCGCCCCGUCCCAGAGGAGCGGGACGAACAACGCCGAUGUUCUCCGGCUUGCCAUGACCAGGACGAGACGUAACACCGCUGCUUCCGCCCAAACGACGGUGACGAGUGACAACCCGGAACAGGGUAUGAUCGAUCCUGUCAAUGGGUUGGAAACAGCGUUGAAUAAUGUGGCUAACAUGAUGGCCAACAUUAUGGAACGGUUGGAUAAGGCUCUCCCUGGUCCAUCUGGUACCCGGGACAUCCCUGCCGGGCAACCCCGCCAGGUCCUGCGUACUGCGAGUUCUCCCAUCCUCCAAGAGCUUCAUGAUCCAGAGGAGGUCGAGAGGGAGAGACAGGCCGUUGCUAGACGCCGGGCGGAGGAAUUGGCCCGGAAUAGUAAGGUGAAUGGAGAUUGGGCCAAGGCUGCAAGCCAGGUCGUCGGCAAUGGAAACGAAAACCCGCGGGGAACUGUCUUUGAAAGGAUAUCUCGCCAAAAAGCUCACGUUAGUGAGAGGCUGGGGAAGAAUCCGGACAAAGCACCCCAGGGUUGGAUACGACCCCAGGCCAGCCAGGUGGCGUCUUCUAACCGUGAACCCUGGAAGCGAAACGGCCGCGGUGGGAGCCAAGCGCCGGUCCGGUCAUUGGUGGUUCUGGAUGAGGACGAAGUUCAAAGCCAAGUCAGCGACGCAUUGAUGUGCCGGUGUUUCUUGCAAACAGUAGAUAGCAAGGUGGCGGAUUGGGUGAACCACAUUCCUGCCGGAUCAAUCCGGACAUGGGAUGAAUUGGGAUUGCGGUUCUUGGAGCAUUUUGCCAGGAACUGCUGUCCCAAGAAGCAUUUCACUCAUCUGGCUUCAGUGCGGCAGAAGCACGGAGAGUCCUUGACGAAUUUCCUUAUCCAAUGGAGAAAAGAGUCCAGGGAGGUUGAAGGAACCGACGACAAAUCCAGGUUAGCCAUGUUCACGGCGGCAUUGCAGGACGGUCUCCUUCAUACUGAUCUCACGACUCAUCCCCCGGAUACCUUUGAAGAAGCAAUGGUCCGGGCCGGAAGGUAUGGCACAAACCCUGGGACCCCGAAGAAGCACAAAUCUGCCAAUCCAGUCUUCACGUUGCUGGUGGCUGAGGUCAUGGCCCACGCCACACAGCAGGGACUCAUGACUUAUCCGACCUAUUCUCAGAAGGUUUGCAAUGUGGAGGACACUGGAAAAUGGUGUGCUUACCAUCGCAAGAACGAUCACAAUACAAAGGAUUGCUAUACCUUGAAGAAUGAGAUGGCGAGGCUAAUCCACCGGGGCCAUCUGAAGAAGUUUGUACAGGAUGGCGAGGCGGGAAAUCCCGGGAACGCUCAGAAUGGGAAGCGUCGAGAUAAGGAGGUAGCCCAAGCUGAGGCACGGGAAAAACGCCACAUCGGGCUGGAAGAUGAAGAGAAGGAUUCAGAACCCGCACCGAACCGCCAGAAGAGACACCAUGGGUGUAACUUUAUCAUCGGAGGGAAUACUAGCGGAGAUUCAGCCACGAGCCGGAAGAAGUGGGCCAAUGCGACGAUGGUCAACAAGGCAACCAAACAGCCUGUCAAGUAUGAUACCCAAGUGGGAGAGGUGACCGCACAGCUCUUGAGGGCUGAGGAAAGACGUCCUAGAGUAGAAGUUGUCGGCGACAUUGAAGAAGUGGAACUGGAGCCUGGCACGCCGGGAAGGUUAGUCAGAAUUGGAAAGGGCCUGGGGUCUGAGCUCAGAUCACGAGUAAUCUCAGUCCUUAGGAGGUUCAUGAAGGUCUUUGCAUGGAGUCCAGAUGAUAUGCCAGGGCUAGAUCAUAGGAUUGCAGUUCAUCUCCUCAAUGUCCUGCGAGAUGCUAAACCGGUGAAGCAGAAGCGGAGGCAUUUGUCGCAGGAAAGGAGAGAUUUCGUGAAGAAGGAGGCUCACCGGAUUGUUGUGCUCACUAAUGAGCCUUUGGCGUCACUUACCCGAAGCCCGGCAGCAUCUGCCCGGAUGACCAAGUGGGCAGUCUUCAUCAGUCAGUAUAAUGUGGAGUUCAGGCCGCGUCCAUCAAUCAAGGGGCAGGAACUCGCCGACUUUCAGGUUGAGUGCACCGCCAGAGAAAUGACAAGAGCCCAGGUUGGAGUCCAGGUGGAAUAUGACUGGUGGGUAAUGAGCAUCGAUGGAUCUUCUGGGUCUCGAUCUUUCGGAGCAGGUAUCGUCUUGAUCACUCCGGAAAAUUUCCGGAUUUAUUACGCUAUCAGAUUUCAGUUCCACGUAUCCAACAAUGAAGCGGAAUACGAGGCCCUGAUCAAUGGGCUGAAGAUUCUGGGCAAGUUGGGAGUGUCUAGGGUUCAAGUAUUCAGCGACUCCCGACUAGUGGUGGGACAAAUCACGGGGGAGUUUGAAGAAAAGGAAGAGAGGAUGAAGAGGUAUCGAGAUUUAUCAUUGGAAAUGUUGGGAAGGUUCGAGUUUAAGCUUGAACAUAUACCCCGGGCGCAGAACGCGGAGGCUGAUGUUCUAUCCAAGCUUAGCGCAGAAUCACCAGAGUACAUAAGCAAACUAGCAACUGUUGAGGAGCUGGCAACUCCGAGUCUUAACAGAGAUGAAGUGUUCUGGGUAUCAGCUGAUCCCCUGGAAUGGUUGGACAGGACAAUCAUAAAUGGAAUAAAAAAGAAGCUGCUUUCAGAGGGAAGUAAAUGGGUGGAUGAACUACCCAGGAUCCUGUGGACAUACAGAACAACUCCAAGGAGAGCUACGGGUGACACUCCUUUCGGCUUAGCCUAUGGUUUUGAAGCCCGGGCUCCCGCUGAGGCAGUAAUCCCUACCAGGAGAGAGAUAGAAUAUGACCCGGAAGUAAAUGAACAGAAUCAAGCCGUAGAACAGAACUUCGUAGAGGAACGAAGGGAUGAAGCACGGAUCCGGGCAGAGAAUUAUCGUCGCCAGGUGAAAUCUUACUUUGAUAGUAGAGUAAAACCAAGGGCAUUCCAGGUGGGGGAUUACGUCCUGAGGAAGCGAGAGAAGAGUCAACCAACUAAGGGUGGGAAGGUGGCUAAGAAAUAUGAAGGACCUUAUAUCAUCAAGGCCGUUGUUCGCCCAGGGUUGGGAUUGGACUUUGAGGGCCUUUACAACCUGGAAUUCGGGAAGAACAGCAAACAGACUUCGAGGGCUGAAGCUUAGUAUUCCACCAACACAGAUCAACCGAGCAAACAAACUUCGAGGGUUUGGAGCUCAACUGAUCUAAGGUAGAUAAGAUUAUGCCUUAACCCAGAGGAAAGGAGGUCAGGGGCAGGUGAGGUAGGUUCCCAUGGCAUGUCCAAAUCCCGGGAGAUGAGAUUUUAUACAGAGAAUGAAUUAUGUACUUGCAUUAGAAAAAGUGCAAAGAAAUAACCAUUAAGGACCACAUUGAUGGGCCAAAGGUUACAUUUUUGGUUCACAAUAAAGGUUCCUAGUGAGAUAAAGAAAAAAGAAAAUGAGGGAAUUUAU